GUUUGAACCAUAACAAAGCCCAAAUGGUUUUUUCUUCUUCUGCUUUUUUUCAUCAUAAACAUCAAGAAAGCUCAACAACACAGUUGCAGAUUUGUCAAGAUCAAAGGAUUUUUUUGGUUGAAUUUUUGCAAUUUUUCUAGGGCUCAUGCCUGGAUCCAGUGAAGAAAUGGCGGAAGGAGAAAAUUUGCCUAGAGAUGCAAAGAUUGUAAAAUCCCUGCUGCAAUCAAUGGGUGUUGUGGAGUAUGAGCCUCGUGUAAUUCACCAGUUUCUGGAGCUGUGGUAUCGUUACGUUGUUGAUGUCCUGACAGAUUCCCAAGUGUACUCGGAGCAUGCCAGCAAGGCAGCUAUUGAUUGCGAUGAUGUCAAGCUUGCUAUUCAAUCUAGAGUCAAUUUCAGCUUCUCGCAGCCUCCACCAAGAGAGGUUCUACUGGAGUUGGCUAGAAAUAGGAAUAAAAUCCCAUUACCAAAGACAAUAGCUGGGCCUGGCAUUCCACUUCCACCUGAAAAGGAUACAUUGAUCAGCCCAAACUAUCAACUUGCUAUCCCAAAGAAGGAAUCUGCCCAGGCAGCUGAAGAAACAGAAGAUGAGGAAAGUGUUGAUCCUAACCCCAGCCAAGAACAAAAUGCAGAUAUGCCUAAGCAAAGAGUGUCAUUUCCCCUUGUAAAACAUCCCAAGUGAUGGUUGGUUGGGAAUACUGUGUAGUUGUUGGGCCUUGUUAUCUGAUCCAUAGAGAAUUAUUGUCAUCCUUAUAAUAAACCUAACUUGAUAAAGCAAA